AUGUCAAAAGCAGCACAUAAUCCAGCAACCGAUGGUUUAAGUGAGGAAGAGGAAAAUCAACUUUGGGAAAAAAGUAUUCAAACAUGGAAACAACAAAAAGAAGAAAGAAGAAAAAAAAAUGAAGAGUUAAUAGCAAAAGGCGAAAAACCGAUAGAUUAUGAUAAUGAUUGGAAAGAUUUACCAAUUUUUAUGAAUGAUUUAAAAGAAGGUGAUAACGAACAUGUUGCAGCAUUACAAGCAAUCACAGAUGAAUCAACACCAGAUGAAAUCGCAGAAAACUACAAAGAAUUGGGUAAUGAUUAUUUUAGAGCUGGUAAAGCAAGAUAUAAGGAAGCCCUUCACUACUACAACAAAGCAUUAUCAGUUAAAUGUGACGACUUAAAAAAAAACUCUGCUUAUUUAACCAAUAGAGCUGCUGUUAAUUUAGAACUUGGCAACUAUAGAAAUGUAAUUCAAGAUUGUACAAUUGCCAUCGAAUUCAAUCCAUUAAAUAUUAAAGGUUAUUUCCGUAUGGCCAAAGCUUUUAUUGCAUUAAGUAAAUUUAAAGAAGCUAUCGAAACAUGCGAUAAAGGUAUCGAACAAGACCCAGAAUCAAAAGAUUUACCAACUCUUAAACAAACUGCCCAAAAGAAAAUAGAUGAUAUCAAAAGACGUGAACAAGAAAAAAUUGAUAGAGAAACUAAAAAAGAACAAGAACUAAACGCUUUAGCAACAAAACUUUAUGAAAAAAAUAAAUAUAAAUUAGGUCACCCAAUCAUGGAUCUCAGUCAAUAUACUUAUCAAUCAGAUAGAAAAAUUUCAUUCGACGAAAAUGGUGAUGUUCAUUUCCCAGUUGUAUUUUUAUAUCCUGAAUUUGGCAAAAGCGAUUUUAUUAUGGAUUUCCAAGAGGAUCACACUUUUGGUGAUCAUUUAUCAAUGAUGUUCCCACCUGAAAACCCAGAAUUCCCACCAUGGGACAGCAAGAAGGAAUACUCUGUUGAUAAUAUUGAAGUUUAUUUCGAAACAAACUAUACCAAACCAAUUUUACCAAAUAUUAAAACCAAAGAAGAAAAAAGGUGGAUUAGAAUUAAACAUACUACAGCAAUCGCUGCAGUAUUAGCACAUGCCGAAUAUAUUAUACCUCAACUCCCAUUAUUUUAUGUUGUAGCAAAAGGAAAUUUAUUUUAUAAAAAAUUUUUAGAAAAACAAAUAAAAUAA